CGCUAACAUGGCGGCUCCUCUGGCCCUGGUGCUGGUGGCGGCCGUCACUGUGCGGGCUCUGCUUUUUCGCUCUAACCUAGCCGACUUCAUCUCCGAGAGGGUGGAGGUGGUGUCUCCGCUCAACGCCUGGAAACGAGAUCUGAUGUCAUGAAGAACAGUUGUAGGUGUGGCUAGUAUGAGAAAGUCAGUGAAGAUUUUACAGUGGUUGAAGGACUCUCUCUAUUGGAUUUGGGAGUGUCUCCCUAUUCUGGAGCAGUUUUCCAUGAAACACCGCUAAUAAUAUAUCUUUUCCAUUUCCUGAUUGACUAUGCGGAGUUGGUAUUUAUGGUAACUGAUGCACUUACUGCAGUUGCACUGUAUUUUGCAAUCCAGGACUACAACAAGGUGGUGGUUAAAAAGCAGAAACUCCUUCUUGAAUUGGAUCAGUAUGCCUCGGACGUGGCUGAACUCAUACGGACCCCUAUGGAAAUGCGCUAUAUCCCCCUCAAAGUAGCACUGUUCUAUCUUUUAAAUCCCUACACAGUGUUAUCUUGUGUUGCUAAGUCCACUUGUGCCAUAAACAACACCAUCAUUGCUUUCUUCAUUUUGGCUACAGUAAAAGGUAGUGCCUUUCUUAGUGCCAUUUUUCUGGCCUUAGCAACGUACCAGUCUCUGUAUCCAAUCACCUUGUUUGUACCAGGGCUGCUGUAUCUUCUCCAGCGGCAGUACCUUCCUGUGAAACUGCAAAGCAAAGCCUUUUGGGUCUUCACAGGACAAUACACUGUGAUGUACGUAGGAAGCCUAGUGGUUAUCAUCUGCCUCUCAUUCUUCCUGCUCAGCUCCUGGGAUUUCAUUCCUUCUGUUUAUGGCUUCAUACUUUCUGUUCCUGAUCUGACUCCAAACAUCGGUCUCUUCUGGUACUUCUUUGCAGAAAUGUUUGAACACUUCAGCCUCUUCUUUGUCUGCGUAUUUCAGAUCAAUGUCUUCUUCUACACCAUUCCCUUAGCAGUGAAGUUGAAGGAUCAUCCCAUGUUCUUCAUGUUCAUCCAGAUUGCUGUUAUCUCGAUUUUCAAGUCCUACCCCACAGUGGGGGAUGUCGCCCUGUACUUGGCUUUUCUGCCAGUGUGGAGCCAUCUCUACAGAUUCCUUCGGAACAUCUUUUUCCUCUCCUGUGUGAUGAUUGUCUGCUCCCUGCUUUUUCCAGUUUUAUGGCAUCUUUGGAUUUAUGCAGGAAGUGCUAACUCCAAUUUCUAUUAUGCCAUCACGCUGACGUUCAAUGUUGGGCAGAUCCUGUUCAUCUCAGAUUACUUCUACGCCUUCCUGCGGCGGGAGUACUACCUCACCCACGGCCUCCACCUGAAGCGCCAGGAUGGGACUGAGGCCAUGCUGGUGCUCAAGUAGUGAGGUGGCAGCUGGCCCUGCUGGAGAUGGACUCCUCUGAGACCACGCUGGGAGAACUGAGGGUGGGCUGUGUGCUGUUUGUGUCGCCCCCUCCUCUCUCCCUUCAUCUUGGCCCUACUUUGGGGAGGGCUCAGGAGGAGCUCAUGAUGCCUUCCACUGCACAGACCUGGAUCCAUGGAACUCAAAAAGGAAAACAUCUAUA